AUGGAGACGGCGGUUAACGGACUACCGGAGGUAGCAUUAAAUGGCGGCACGGACUCGCCGAUUCCCGCCAAUCUUUUUGCAAAAUCGCCAUCAGAGUGCUCUACAAAAAGCGACUUCGACCUGGCGGAACGUCUCGUUCCGGUGCGAUCACCUUUCACCAAUCCUUGCCCCUCACCGCUGAUGAUGGGACUUGCUCCCACUUUGGGUGCUCCUCUCGAUUCUGAAGGCUCAUCCCGUUCCUCUGUCGAGCUCCAACAGCAACAACCCAGGGUUCUCCUCGAGGCAAACAGGAGUUUUAGAGAAUCCCGAAGCCACGAUCGUACCUCGAAUGGCUCCUCGUCAAGCGAAGACGAAUCCUUUGCCGACGCCGAGCGACCAAGUUCGAGGAGGUCAAGCCAGGGACAGCACCAAAUCAGCCAUCUCCGAAUCGCGAACGCUGCUCGUGGGCGGUUAGCAAACAUUCGGAGGGAAUCGUCCUGCUCGGUGGAUAGUGAGAUCUCCCACGAGCGCCUCUUCAAAACGAGCCAAAAAGUCAGUCAGCAAUGGGACGAUUUUAGCAUCGAGCCGGAACGACCGGAAAGUGCUGGAUCCGCACAUCGUAGAAAUACGCUUUCCGAGCCGAUCUCGGUGUCGAUAAUGAACGCCUUUAUGCCGCAUUCUUGUUCGCCGAGUCCGACUCGAUUUGAGGGAGGGAAGCAAUGCUACUCUCCAUCCACACACAGUUUUGUGAGGUCAAACAUUCCAUAUUCUCCAAGCCCGAGCCCGACGAGGAGUCCGACUCGACAACGAUGGAUUCAAGACAAGCUCCGAUCUGCUUCACCAUCUCCUAUCGCCACGCCAUCAAGAGCUGCGAUGAAACGACGAGCCAACGAGCUUGGAAAUGGCUCCGAUUAUACGGAAUAUAAGAAGAUGGCGUAUCCGAGAGGAGCUACAAGCCCGCUAGUCGUCGGCGAGAAGCCGUUCCCAUUCCCAGUGGCAAUCGACUUUACUCAACCGAGCACGUCCAUGCUUUUUGCGCAUCCUAAGCGACCGGAGCUUCAUCGCCGGAUUUCGAUGGAGUCACCUUCACAUCGGGACCCGGAAACUCCAAUGGAUGAGGGGUUGGACUCCUCGGAUCCGUUUGCGAGGCCGUUGUCUAAUGAAAGCGCCCUCACUGACCCGAACCCUGGCUCAAUGUCGAUGGCCAGUGGAUUGGACACGAACCCACCCACACCCCUUUCUUCCGUUUCCGGAUUCGGUGAACCACCCUCUGCUUCUGAGCUCGACGCCAGCAUGAAUGAGAUCCUCGAGACGUCCGAAGCCAACUCCGAAGUCAGCGAACUGUUAGCCAUGCCGGAUCCGGACCUGCCGGAAAUGGGAUCAAUACCCGAGGAACCGCUGCCAAUUUCUGAUCCGGCGAUUGGCUCGAGUACUGACGGCAAUCCGACCGCG